ACAUUUAAAUUCCAGUAGGUUAAUCGAAUCUAUGAAGAUUCGAGGAUCUUGCUUGAUGAGGCGAGGCGCCACGAAAUAAUGCUUACCGGUACCGUAUACAAAACCAAAACCCAUGAACAGUACAGACGUGCAGCAGGUGUACGUGUAUAACGUAUUCGAUCGAGCGGCACAAAUUUACGUCAACAUUUGAAAACCACUCAAACUGGCGCACUUUUUAGACGGUAGAUACCUGUCUGGCAAUGAUAGUAGUUUCUGUGAUCUGAUCCAUGAGGAUAUUUCCAGAUAUUUGAGGGAUUUUAGUGAACCAACAACAACGAAAUCGAGACUUUCACCUCUACAGGUCCUGGUAUUUCCCCCUGUUACAAGCUACUAUCGGCUGUUGAUCCAUAGUACUACCCAGGAGUUUCCUGAUCUGUGUAGCUUCAGUAUCAGCCAAGGGGACAACAGACGCACUGUCAUAUGCCCCAAAGUUUAUAGGAUUAUGCCAAACAGUCCUGAGGAUAACAGUGUUUUAUCCCUGACCCGGAAGAGCUCACCUUCCAUCGCAGUUUCUAGGGGGCGGGGUCAACAGACCCCUGGAGGUUUGACCUCUGACCUCAAGGACCAUCAGGAGGAGAGUACCUCUGCCACGCCUAGGAAGAGAGCCACUCCAAGGGACCGCACUACGAAAAGGGCAAGACGACCUGAUCAGCAGCUUUAUGUCCCCAGGAGAGGGCGGCAAACCAACAACGCAUCCCCUGAAAAUCUACAGUCUGCAAAACAGGAUAUUGAAACAAAGAAGCCUGCUCAUCAACAGUCAGAAAAACCUUCAAUUGAUGAUUGCUAUAGUCAAUCUGAAGAUAGUGUCACUGUUAGAGAUACAACAGUAGAAUCAGAUAUAUCUGUAAGCUCAAAGACACAAUUUAUUGAUGACCUCUGCAUCUCGCCUACUGAGCAAGAGAAUACAUCAGUCAGUGAUCAGCUUGUAGACCGUGAUAUUGAUCAGUGCGUGCCACCUUCCUCAAACACAACAAAGUCAGUGUGCACCAGUCUAGGAGCUAAAGAAACAACUGUUGCAUCAGUGAGUGAAUGUAGGGAGAGCCAUUGUGAUGUGGCAUUGAAUGUCCCACGUUGUCCCGAGAUUGUCCAGGAAAGGAGCAUAGAAGGUAUCCGGAAGGAGUCACUGGACAGUGUAGCCGUUGAUCCUCAACAAGAACAACCUCAGGAUACAUUGUGUGAUAGUUGUGUGAAAGAUAUUGACAGAAAUUUUGUUGACGACCAGACUACAGUUGGACAGUCUGAAAGUGAACUCUGCAACGUUGUAGCAGCACAAGACCAAAGCCCCUUGCCUAACCAGAGAAUAAUGGCUGAAGAUGCCGCACGUUUGGAAUCAACGGAUGUGUGUGGCAGUGGUGAUGACAGUAGUGGGUCAAGAACAGAUAAAUCAGCGGAAAUACGGACGAUGGAAAGUGAAGGAGGGAAAGAGGAGGUGAAGAAAGGAGAUGAUGGAGAAGAAGAGGAAGAUUCCUGGGAUGCCAUGUUUGAUGAGGAAGGGAACAGCUUAAAGGAUGAUGAAAUCAAAGAGAUAACAGAUGCUGUUGGUGGAGUAUCGGUAUCGGUCAAAGAACCAGUGCACGAUUACUUCAAUUUCUCACCCAAAGACACUACUGAUUACACAAAAUUGGAGCAUGUUGUAGAAGCAUAUGACUUUCCUGCCGAAUUCAAGAUGGAAGAUCUAGUUAUGUCGUUCAAUGCAUUCAAGAGUAAAGGAUUUGACAUCAAAUGGGUUGAUGACACUCAUGCCUUGAUUGUAUUUGCAUCAGCACAAGUAGCUUCCGAUGCCCUUUGUCUUCAAAAUCCCAUGCUGCGGACCCGCCCACUCUGCCUUGCCUCUAAGCAAUCCAAACAGAAGGCCAAAGCCACCGUGGAAUUUAUCCAGCCGUACCGACCACGCCCGGAAACCAGUUCGUUGGCAGCGCGGAGGAUGGUGUCCAAUGCCUUGGGUGUGAAGAGCAAUGUCACCAAGGAGCAGAGGGCUGCUGAGAGACAGAAACUCAAGGAAGCAAAAGAGCGAAAGAGAGAUGAGAAGAAACAGAAGGCUGAUAUAUGGGAUGGCAAUAUUUGAGCAUUCAUCUUCUUCUUCCUGGCCAUGUUUAAUAACAUCUUUUUAGCAAUGGCAAGUUCCAUUCUACUUUUUAUAAGCUUUUGAAAUACUCCAGUCUAAUUAGCCAGUAGCAGUUUGUCAUAUAUAUUCAUAUAUUGAAUUCAAUUGUGUUUUUUUUUUUUUUUUUUUUUUUUGGCAUUGCAUUUUGGGCACGUCCAUUAAACAUGUGCAUCCAACCUCUUCAUGUAUGUAUGUGGGACCAUACAGAAAUGAUGUGUCUCUGUUUUCUAGGUCACAUUAAAAGUUGGAAUGCUCUAUGAUUAUCAUGGCUUUCGCCGUAAGUCAAAAGAAGAAUUACGAAAAAUGGGAGAUGGUCAUACAAAUAGGUUGACUUAUUUUAUGGAAUUGCUAAUUAAAUACCAAAUAAUAUCUAUUGGCAGGAUGCACCCAUGUAUAUCUGCAAUUUUUAAACAAAUGGAAGAAUACUCCUGACUUUUCAGGCCAUGUUAAACAUGGAUUUAAGCCAAGGAAAACAUGUUUUUAGGCCAUGGAAAACCCCAUUUUGUUUACAAAAUGGCAAAUUCUAGAUGAUUAUUAUACUUUUUCUCAAUCAAAUUUAUAUGGCAAUUCUGAAUACUGUCCUUUUCUUUGAUGUUGAUGUUUGCAAACAUAAAAAAAGAUGUUCUCAUUAUGAUAUUUGCUUUAAUUUCCUGGUUUUACUAAACUUUCUGGGGCCGAUUGCACGAAAAGGUCCUUCCAAGGACCGUCUUUCGUGUCGCCCAUCUUUUAUGAUGCGCUAUAAGCGGGGUGUUCCUGAAAUUUAUGAUAAACAAAUAAAAUUCGUAAGCUUGCUUUUAAAUCAAAUUUUAUACAAUUUCAUGAGCUAUACAUCAUUUUAUAAGCAAAUAUUUUGUUUAUUUAAACGGACGAAUGAAAUAUGAUUGCAGAUAAUUUAUUAGAAAUGCGUUUCACAUGGCGCAUCAUAAAAAAAGGGCGACACGAAAGACGGUCCUUGCAAAGACCCUUUCGUGCAAUCGGCCCCUGGGUGAUCAAUCUACCUGGUUUCACUUUUGUUUCAAUGUAAUUAUAAACAGGAUUUGGUAUAUGUUCCUCAAUUUUGAAUAUCUUACAGAGUUAUUUGUAAAUUUACAAUUUUGAGUUUCUUCUAGAAUUAUUUAUAAAUUCAGUUUUCAAUCUUUGGCCUAAUAUAUGGAUACAUGUCCAUUUGCCAAGAUGUGUUGAGUAGUUCUUUUCACUUUAAAAAUAUUGAUUUAUUUAUGAAAAAAUAGUUAUGUAAUUGUAUUACUUGCAUGAUGCAUUGGUACAUCACUAAGAUACAUAAUUUACUAUUUAAGGAUAAAUAGCAACCUUAAAUUUCUUCAUCUAUUAAUUUAGAAAAUACUUUCAAGAAAGUUAGGUUUUUGAAGAAGGUUCCAUACACUAAAAACAUUUUUUUUUGGGGGGGGGGGUGGGGUGUAGGGAGCUCAUUUUUUUUCAAAGCUAAGCAGGUGUAGUUUCAUUGCAAAAGUUUUGACCAGUCAAGGCAGGUCAAGGUCCAUUUUACCCCAGUAGUAUGGUUUAUUUCAUCAUGGACCUACUACAAGGUCCAUGAUUUCAUGGAAAAGAGUAUGAUGCAUGAACUUGUGCAAUGGUGCAAAUUUUGCAAUUUUUUACAUGCAUUUGUGUAUGGAAUUUUAUGAUAAUCUGUUUUCUAUUUUGUUUGGUUUUGGUCCAACAGCACAGGCUGUAUGAUUCAGCCGUUCAGACCUUAAUUUCAUUAUUUGUGGGUCAAUUUUGUAAUUACAAUAUAUUGCAUGAUGUUUAAUUGUCGCAGAAUGGAAAUGAAUUACCUCAUUAUGAGUAACAUGAAUUAUUGACCAAAUGGCAUCGAGAAGUUACUCUAUAUUAAAAAUGCAUAGGCCUAUAUACAUGUAUGUAAGGUUGAAUUUGUAGAGAAUAAAAAGUGAUAGGUUUUGGAGAUUUUUUUGGCGACAGAACAAGUCUUGAAUUUGAUGUUAAUUUAUAGCAAUUGUUUUUUAUUUUUCAAAAUUAAGUUCAGCAAUGUUCAAUUUGCAUAGUUAAGUUAAACCAAAAUUUAAAGCAUUAUGCAGAAAGACACUAAAACAUGCCCUCUUAUUUGUUAACACACUUCCUAUAGGAAUCAGUUGAUCCCUGAGUAGGGUAUAUGGUAAUCAGCAAAUCGAUGUCCCAAAAUGAUGAAGGUAUAAGGAAGAUUAACCCAGUCUUUAAUAAAAUGUAUUAAGAAAUCAAAAUAUAUUUUAUUUUUUACAAACAAGAUUUAGUCGGAAAAAUCACAUUAAAAAAAACCACUGAACAGGUGUGGAUCCAUGAUUUUCCAAAAAGGGGGCACAUUUAAAAAAAAAGAAGAAAAAAUUCCUCACUUUCAGAGGGGGGGGGGGGCAUACUUGGAUAAAAACGGCAUAUUUGCAUUAAACAUUUUUAUUAUGGCACUCAAAAGGGGAGGGGGGGGGGGACAUGGGCCGGAUGUGCCUCCCCCUGGAUUCGCCACUGACCAUGAACCUUUUCAACUCAUCAGAGUAAAAUCGCAUGAAUGAACAGAAUGCUAGAAGGAUAUCGUAGAACCAAGAGAAAUAGUGGAUGCUGAAUGGUAUACAAAUAAUGAAUGUUUAUGAGUGCAAUGGACAGAAUACUUCAUGAGGUGAAAGAUGAAAUGAUCCAUUCAACGAGGCGUAGCCGAGUUGAAUGGAUCAUUAUUUCAUCUUUCACCGAAUGAAGUAUUCUGUCCAUUGCACGAAUGACAAAAAAUCAUUAUUUGGUUUAUAUGACACCUAAAAAUAUGAAAUUUAUGAAUUUCGAUGCAAAACAUGCUCAUGCAGUGCGAGUUCGGUCUGUUGAUUGUUACGUCAUUACAACAUGCGCACUGCUGGUGCCUGCAGCUGCAGUCUCGGUGCGCUUGCAAUGGACAAAAUCGUAUGGAUCCAAAAUUGCACGAUGAAUGGAUCCAAAAUUGUAAGGUUGAUGACGUCAUUGCAAAAAUGGGCUGAAUGAACGAUAUCAAACAACCAAUCAAAUCACAAGGAUCUAUCUAGGUGUCAUAUAAUGAGCUAUAAUUGGUUGUCAAGGUAAACUUGAUAAAUAGAAAUAGAAAUAUAUAGCUAAUAGAUUCUUAGUUUGUUAAUUUAUUUCAUUUACGAUUGUGAUAUUUAUUUUUUCCAAAGUUGAACGUUUUUGUUAUUUUGACCUGAUUUCUUCCAUUUAAAAUUUGGUUCUUUAAAAUGUGGUUCUAUAUCAUAUUGUGCUAUACUAUGAGCUUGCUAACAAUUACUCAGAAUCUCCAAUUUAAGAGUUGCACCAAUAUUUCAUAUUGAUAGUUUGAGUUUGGUUUUAUAUUUUAGAUUAUGUUUUGUUGACUAUUAGUUGAGUACUCAGAUGCUUUAACAUACAUUGUUCCUCUUCAGGUAAAAAAUGUAAUAAAAAAAAAAACGUUUUGAAUAUA